AUAAUUCCGGAGUGGAAGCGAGGGGAGGGACGUGCAGGGAAAGGGUGACGUGCUGAACAGAAGGACGACAGGCUACAGCUGUGGCUAGGGAACAUUACAACAAGAGUGGUUUGAUCUUAAAGACUUUAUGUGCACGUCGUUGUGUAAAACUUCAUUUAACGUCGCUGUAAGCAUGUCCUUGCAAUUUGUAAUCUUGUUUCUCAGUGCUGUUUUACUGCCAGCACUUUGCAACCCCAACCCUCUAGAUGAUGUGGUGAUCGAUCGGUACUUCAUCCCUAAGACUUGUCCCCGAGAGGUGCAGAUGGGGGAUUCCGUCCGGUAUGACUACAACGGAACUUUCACAGACGGGAAAAAGUUUGACUCCAGCCAUGACAGGGGAGUAGCAUUUACUGCUGUUGUUGGAGUGGGACGUCUGAUUACUGGAGUAGACCGAGGUAUCCAAGGAAUGUGUGUGAAUGAGAGACGUCGGAUUACUGUUCCUCCCCAUCUCGCUUACGGAAGCCUGGGUGUUGGUAAUAAAAUUCCACCAGAUGCUACCUUAGUCUUUGAUGUGUUACUUCUGGACAUCUGGAAUGAAAAUGACAAUGUCCAGAUCAGAACAACUUCAAAACCCGAGGGCUGUAAUCGAACUGUUCAGGACUCAGAUUUUGUCCGAUACCAUUACAAUGGAACACUCUUAGAUGGAACGGUCUUUGAUACAAGUUACAGUCGUCUCAGCACAUAUGAUACAUAUGUAGGGGUGGGCUCUCUGAUUAAAGGUAUGGAAGUGGGACUACAGGGAAUGUGCGCAGGUGAGCGGAGGAACGUCGUCAUCCCUCCAUUCCUUGCUUAUGGAGAAAAGGGAUACAGUACAGUUAUACCGCCACAUGCAAGUCUGGUGUUUGAUGUUCAUCUGAUUGACUUUCACAACCCCAAAGACAGCAUAACUGUUACCGAUCAGAUUAUUCCAGAAACCUGCAGUCGGAAGACUGGAGUAGGAGACUUUGUCAGAUACCACUACAAUGGAACAUUUAUGGAUGGAGCAGUGUUUGACACCAGUUACCAGCGGAACCACACAUAUGACACAUAUAUAGGAAUGGGCUAUGUAAUCGCAGGAAUGGAUCAAGGUCUCCUGGGGGUCUGUGUUGGAGAGAGGCGAAAGAUAGUAAUUCCACCUCACCUGGGAUAUGGAGAGAGGGGUGCAGGUGAUACAAUUCCAGGUUCUGCUGUCCUUGUGUUUGACAUCCACAUGAUUGAUUUCCACAACCCAACGGAUACAAUCCAGGUUGAAACGAUUUUUAAGCCUGAGACCUGUAACACAACCAGUAGACGAGGAGACUAUGUAAAGUACCACUACAACUGCACCUUAAUGGAUGGCACCAUGCUUUUUUCAUCGCAUGAUUAUGGCCACGUUCAGGAAGUUAUCCUUGGAGGAAAUAAGGUCAUUGAAGGGCUGGAACUUGGGCUUGAAGGCAUGUGCCUAGGAGAAAGGCGCUUGGUCACUGUUCCACCACAUUUGGGACAUGGAGAGAGUGGAGCUCGUGGUGUGCCUGGAAGUGCUGUCCUUGUUUUUGAUAUUGAGUUGUUACAUUUUGAAGAGGGCUUUCCUGAUGGGUACAUGUUUGUCUGGAAAGGAGACUCACCAUCUGACCUUUUUGAAGCCAUGGAUCUCAACAAGGAUGGAGAGAUGCUGCUGGAGGAGUUUUCAAGCUUCAUUAAGGCCCAGGUGGCAGAAGGAAAAGGUCGCUUGAUUCCAGGACAGGACCCAGAUAAGAUCAUUUUUGACAUGUUUGGCAACCAGGAUCGAAACAAUGAUAAUAAAAUCACCCCUGAUGAAUUAAAAUUAAAAGAACAGGAAGACAGAGAGAAAAUUCAACAUACAGAGCUAUAGACGGAGACUACCUGAUUGGCUGUCAGCAAAGAUUAAGUCAGAUGUGACAGCCUUCAGCAAUACACUGACCUUGAUCAGACAGACUUUCAUUUCUCCCCCACAAUUCUUGGAAAUAUUGUUUUGACUUCUUUAACUACAUGUCUGACAGGGUAUAUUAGCUGUUUCCUAAAGGGUGGAAGCAGUACGCAUUGCAGUAUGUAAUAUCUGGGUUUUAAAUGUAGAAUAUCUUCUUUUUUGUUAACGUGACUUGACUUUAGAUCAUAAGGAGAGUGUGGUUCUCAAAGACUAGCCAAGGACAAGUAUGAAGUCAUGCAGGGAGAUAAAAUGACAUGCUUGUCUUCAGUUUUGCAGCUCAAAUAUGUCAUAAACUUAUACCCCACCACUGACAUUCAAAAUCAUUUUAAUCAGUUCUUUCCACAAUGGCAGAGUCCCUUUUCACAAAUCUGUUUUCUUUAACAACACUUGUACUGCAGUUCCGUAUUGUAAAAAGUUUUCAUUCCUGCUAUGUAUACCAAAGACAUCAUUGUGGUGUACUAUUUACAGAUCCUGAUAAUGGAGUGUUUUGUUUCUUGAACUGUUUUGUACACAUUUUACAGUUACUUCUCGGAACUCUUGUGGCAGAGGGGUAUAAAGCCAAUUAGAAUGGGACAGGUCCUUCUCACAUUUCAUAAUGCAACAAACCUACAGUACAUUGGGUAUGAUAGCAUUCUCUUUUCUUUGGCAGUAGAAGUUUUCUUUCACAUUACUUAAAUGCAGAUAUUCUUAGUAUCAACACUACACUCAACUAGCCAAGUGAUUCUGAGAAAUGUUGUGCAGUUUAUUUCUUGAUACAGAUGCAAAAUGUAGUCUCUAAUGUAUUCUCAAGUUGUGAAUUUCUGGACUUUCAUUGCAGACUCAGGAAUUAAUGCCAAAUUUUGAAUGAAAUGUACAAUUAUUCCCAGUUCUCAAUUAGCAAUUGCAUGUGAACUUCUCUCUAUGUUUAAGUGAUGUCACUCAUAAUGUCUACAAGAAUCUUGCGUAAGCUGUGGGAAGGGCAUCAGUCUUCAUAUUGGUGUAGAUUCAAAACAUUCCCAGGAUUUGUAAUAAUUGUACCUUGAAUAUAGAACUGCUGGGGUGUGCUGAGUAUAAUAAGGGUAGAAACAGCUGUGUUUCUUCACUGCUGCAAUGAACUGAUGUUGAAACAUUUUGUUACAGGUUCCUGCAAACUACUCAGCAUGUGUGACAGGUGUCCAAAAAGGUGCUGCAUGUAUGACAUUUACCUCCUGCAGUUAUCUCCCUGGUGCAGUAUUAAAUGCACAAAUGUGGAGAUACUUUGCUAGUCCUCUUCUUUGCACUACAUUUGCUACUCCUGCUCCAAGCAGGGGGAAACCAGACUUCAUUGCACAUGAGCAUGUCACAAUAUGCCCCAGUAAUGCCACUGGAGCAAACUGCAGAUUCAAGUAUUUGCAUUUCCUUGUCAAAAAAAAAAAAAAGCUGCGUGAUCCACAACAUUACAUCUUUCCUAAACAUGCUAUAUAUCACAAGCCUAGAUUGCACAGCUGUCUGAGGUUUUAAUUUAUUUUUUUGUGUGUGCAUUAUUUGUGGCAAGUCUGUUUCCAAGAGGUGAACAACUGUUUCAGCAUUUACAAGCAUCUUUUAAACUUAUACCAAAGUUAAGGCCGAGUUGUUCAAGGAUGAUGUGUUCAUUCUAAGAAUGUUUUAGUGUAUCAUGUUUUCAAAUGUUUUUAAAUAAAACUUUCUUAAAAAUA